AUGGCCGAGGCGUCCGAGGUGAUCCCGGCCGUCAUACUGUGGACUAUCGCCAUCGUAGGCCUGUCCGGCAACUGUCUCACGAUGUGGGUGAUAUCUACGAACCCGCACCGCAGCAGCACCGACACGCUCGUCCUCAACCUCGCCACUGCCGAUCUCUUCUUCAUCAUCACAGACUGCGGUAGUGCUGCUAUCAACGCAGCCCUGCAACACUGGCCGUUCGGGGCCGCCGCGUGUGAGAUCACGAGCUACGCUAGCAUCGUCACGCUGUACGUGAGUAGUUACACGAUCGUGUUGCUGGCACUAGAGCGCAUGCUCACCCGGAUCUACCCGAACACGGACCGACACCGGCACCACCUGGCGGCGAUCACCGUUCUCUGGCUGAGUGGGUGUGCGAUAGGGAUCUACGCGUUCCCGAUCACGGAGUAUGUGUUCGAAUACCCGAACGCGCAGCGACUCGGUCCGUUUUCCGUCACACAGGACGGUCAAUUCCGUUUCAAUCCGAAACGCGGUUACUGUAACUUCCAUCCGGCUAAGGUGCACGUCUACACGAAAUUCGCUCUCUCCUACGUCAUCCCCGGGUGCCUCGCCGUCGUCUUCACCUGCGUCGCGGCGAGACGCAGCGCUGCGUCACACUGCUCGCUGCGUCGCGGUGAACUCGACGUCGUCUACUACGGCGCCGACGCAUCCUCCGUGACCCGGAUGACGUCGUUCGUCGUCGCCGCCUUCGUGUGUCUGUGGCCGGCGCACUACGCUAUGGAGCUGAUCACUGUACACAACACGCGUGCACUAGACAGCAUAGGCUGGCCCGAGUCGUUCUGGCUGCUCGUCGGCUCGCUGUGCCUCGCCUAUCUCAGCUUCUCCAUCCGCCCGAUAAUCUACGCAGUGCUGUCGACGCACUUCCGGACAGAGUUCCGGCUCGCCUGCUGCUGCCGCAGCGGGGAUGUGUUUGCGGAGGCGGUGUUGAGGGAUUCUCCCGUCUCGCGGCUGGCGCCCGGACACGCCUACUACAGCCGCACGCCUCUCUACUUCGCCGGAGGAACGAUAUCCGUGUCGACGCAUGACGUCACGCUCGACUUCCUAGAGAGUGCUGGCGUCGCUCAGGAAGAUGACGUCAUGCAGUGCGACGACUGCAGCAAGGCCUGUGCAACGACUACCGUGUGA